GGCACCUUGCAAUGUGCGCUGCACUUCCCUACGCAUGCAGCCGCUUGCGUGAAUCUUGGCAAUGGGUACCAUGCCAUUUCCCUUGUGGCAUUUUGCCCUCGGCACGUUCUCACUACUGAGAUUAGGAGGCUGUGACAUCUGUAACCCUGUGUGUGGAGCCCAGGCGCCCGGGGACAUCCUGAUAGGGGUGAUCAGCUCCAUCAAUGCCCAGGUGGAAGAUCUGAAUGAAAGAGAACAACCAGAGCCUUAUACCUGCAGAGAUUUUAUUGCCCAGUCCUUCGUCGAAACCCUGGCUGUCGUCCACACCAUUGACGUGAUAAAUAAGCAAGGCUUCCUCCCAGGAAUUCACAUUGGGUACCUAAUCUGUGAUGACUGCUCUUACCCCACGGAAGCCCUACAUAUCAUAGACCACAUGAUGUCUACCAACCAAACCUCAUACACCCAGUGUGACUCCUUGGGCCACCCUGUAGUCAAGGCUGUGCUCGGGGCUCGUUUCUCGGAGGUGUCUAUCACCAUGGCCAGACUUCUGGCUCUCUACAUGGUCCCCCAGAUUAGCAUGUCGUCGUCUGCGGACAUCUUGGAUGACAAGCUUCGCUUCCCAUCCUUCCUGCGCACAGUUCCUAGUGAUGUGCACCAGACCAAAGCAAUCGUGAGACUCAUGACGUACUUCCAUUGGGACUGGAUUGGCACAGUGUCGGGGGACGACGAUUACGGCAUGGAAGCUCUAAGAAACUUCCUGCUGGAUGCUGCAGGUGAGAGAAUUUGUGUGGACUACCAGGAGGUGAUCCCACAGUAUUUGAACAACGACAACAGUGGAACUAUAAUCAGUCAGGUGGCGCAGAAGAUCAGGUCCUCUGGAGCCCAAGUGGUGCUCAUCAUCCUGAAGGAGGAGCUGGUCAUGAAGCUCUUUGCUGAGAUGAUCCGUACUAACACUACCAGAAUCUGGAUUGCCAGUGAUGCCUGGUCCCUGUCUGGGCUCUUAGCCAGCAUGCCAGGAAUCAACAACGUGGGAGAUAUCUUUGGAUUUAGCUUCAUGACAGGACCAAACCCAGGAUUCAGUGACUUCCUUCAGAACCUACAGCCAGAGCCAGGAUCAGUAAACCAUUUUAUCGAGGAGUACAAGAACCUGAGGUUCGGCUGUACCCCUGAGAUACUCGAGUAUAGAAAAUGUCUCGCAAACAACGCCUCAGAUUCAUGCCCUGCACCUGCUUCCCUCAGUUUUACAUCCCCCAGUGCCUGCAACAUUACUGACCCUCAGGAAGCUAAUGAUGACUUUCUUCUUCAAGCAGUGAAUAUAAAUGUGACCUAUAGUCAGAGAUUGGCUGUGUGGUCUCUAGCCCAUGCCUUGAAAAAACUCCUAAACUGUAAUGAGACUGUUUGUCAAGGAGAUGAAGAUUUUCCUCCUUGGAAGCUUCUAGCAGAGCUGAAAAACAUCAGUUUCACUUUAGACAACGCUCAAUUUUCCUUUAAUGAAAAUGGAAGUUUUUCGUCCGGUUACGAUUUGAUAAACUGGGUCAGAGAUGGAAGUUAUCGAACUUUCAGGACGAUUGGAAUAUACAACAUAAGUGAAGAUGAUUUGGAGAUCAAGCUGGACGAGAUCGACCAGGAAACCAGAAACAACACAGUUUUGAGUUUCAAAUGUUUACCUAUCUGCCCGCGUGGAAAAGUUCAGGCAGUGUCCAAUCUAUCCUGCUGCUCCGAAUGUGCUGAUUGUCAGGAAGGGACUUUCUCUGACCUGGAGGGUCAGGCUGAAUGUGAGGCAUGUCCCAAUGGCACAUGGUCUAUGACAGGUUCAGAGCAAUGUCAGCCCAGGAAUGAGACUUUCUUUAGCUUGGAUGACCCAUACGGCAUUGUGCUGUUGACGUUUGAGUGCUUGGGGGUCUUGUUGCUGCUGGUGGUCCUCGUUAUUUUUCUAGUGGCCCGAGACAGCCCUCCCGUGAAGGUGGCUGGAGGGAAUCUCUGCUACGUCAUGAUGGCGGGCUUGCUCGUCAGCUUUGUAGGGGUGAUCUUCUUCAUGCUGAAGCCCACCGAUGCCAUCUGCCAGAUUCGUCAGACCAUGUAUGGUAUGGGCUUCACGCUCUGCGUGUCCUGCAUCCUGAUCAAGGCGUUUCGUACCUUCCUCGCCUUCCUCUUUGACCUGCACCAGCAGCAUAAUCUGAAAAAGCUCUACAAGCCCAUCAUAAUCAUCGUCCUGUUUACCAUAAUCCAAGGCUUCAUCUGCAUGUUCUGGCUGGUGUUUGACUCACCCAGGUUGGACUCCAUCACUUCCAACCAAAGCAUGGAGAUCCAGCUGCAGUGUAUCGAGGGCUCUGGCGUGGGCUUCAGUGUCAUGCUCAGCUACAUCGGCCUCCUGGCCUUCAUCUGCUUCCUCCUGGCCUUCAAGGGCAGGAAGGUCCCUCAUCGGUUCAACGAGACUGGCUACAUCAUCUUCAGCAUGCUGAUAUACCUGUUUGUCUGGGUCUGUUUCAUCCCCAUCUAUAUCACUAAGAAUCAACAGCGUUCAGCCGUCCAGGCCUCAGCCAUCGUGGUCUCCAACUACGGGAUCAUUUUCUGCCACUUUUUCCCAAAGUGCUACAUGAUCCUUUGCAAGAAGAAGCAAGACCUCAGCCUCCAGGCAUACCUGGACAAAGUAAGUAUCUUCUCCAUCACGAGCAGUAACCUGGCAGUUGCUCGUGCAUCUGUAGACUCUGGGAAUGGUGACAUGGAGUCAGUGUCUACACCAAAUUCCAUGAGCUCCGAAGUGAUUACAGCAUCUGUAUCCACAAUGGCCACAUGCCACAGUAAAGACCUUCUUAUUACAGAAUCCUUGACCUGUCUGAGGAGAAGGCUCAGGAGUUCCUCUAUUUAAAAGCAACAUUGUGCCUUUGUAAGGUCUAUGCAAACAAACAAAAUUAUGAACACAUUUAUUUUGAACUGAACAGUAAGAAGAAGCAUGAGAAUAACCUCCUGUGUAUCCAUAGACUCUGGGGCCAUCGAAUUGUAUCCAGACACUAUAGCAAAAUCCAUGGAUUCAACGAUAUCUGAGAAAUGUAUGUGAUCUGUGGCUUACAGCUUACUGAUCAACCCCCAUUUUUGCCAUCUGAGGAAGAGGCUCACCGAAGGCAUUCCUCUCCAAAUGUCUCGUAAUAUUUAACGAGGUUAGAAUUAAAUGAAGGAAAUCAAACUUUCAUUGAAUAUAGUAAAAUAUAUGUAUUUCUGGAUAUACACAUGUAUAGGUAAUGGCCUGUAACGCUGUCCAGGGUGGGUUUGGAAAAACAAUAAAUGGGUGUGUGCAAUACAUUCGGUACAGGCUGGUAAUAUGUACAGUAAACGCCGGUAAUACAUUCGGUACAUGCUGGUAAUAUGUACAGUAAACGCCGGUAAUACAUACGGUACAUGCUGGUAAUAUGUACAGUAAAUUCCAGUAAUACAUACGGUACAUGCUGGUAAUAUGUACGGUACAUGCCGGUAAUACAUUCAGUACAUGCUGGGAAUAUGUACAGUAAUUGUCGGUAAUAUGUACGGCACAUGCUGUUAAUAUGUACGGGACAUGCUGGUAAUAUGUACAGUAAAUGCUGGUAAUACAUAUAGUACAUGCUGGUAAUAUGUAUGGUACAUGCUGGUAAUAUGUAUGGCACAUACUGGUAACACUUUUUAAUGCAAAUAUUUAUGGUUUAUUAAUUGAUAUUUAUAUUCUGUCAGUGCAAAUGUGAAACAACAAUCCACUAAAUGUAUACUGAAGUACAUAUUUUGCAAUCACUUUGUUCAAAUAAAAUUAAUAGAUCUGUGCACGUAA